ACCGGUAAAACGCAAAUCGGACGUCGAUCCGAUUUCACCGGAAGUGUGCCGAAACCCCGAAACCGACAACAAUGUCGGUUCAGUCUUUGGUUAGUCGAAAGAAAAAGAGCUUUAUUGGUCUCCCUGCUCCGCUUGGAUAUGUUCCUGGCUUAGGGAGAGGAGCUACAGGAUUCACCACCAGAUCUGAUAUUGGUCCUGCCCGUGACAUAGAUGAUAUAUCAGAUGAUAGACAUGCCCCACCAGUCAAGAAAAAUAAAACUGACGAGGAAGAGGAAGAAGAUCUUAAUGAAGCUAAUUUUGAUGAGUUUGCCGGUUACGGAGGAAGCUUGUGUUCUAAAGAUCCCUAUGACAAAGAUGACGAGGAAGCAGACGCUAUAUACGAAGCUGUCGACAAGAGGAUGGACGAAAAAAGGAGGGAAAGGAGGGAGAUAAAGUUGAAAGAAGAACUUGAAAAAUAUCGUCAAGAGAGGCCUAAAAUUCAACAACAGUUCUCCGACUUAAAGAGAGAUUUAGCAGAUGUAACGGUGGAUGACUGGCUGAAUCUACCCGAAGUAGGGGAUGCCAGAACAAAGAAACAGAGAAACCCACGAGCUGAGAAAUUUACUCCCGUACCAGACAGCAUGCUAGCCAGAGCAGCAGCCGGUACUGGUUCAAGUAGUUCCAUUUCUGGUCAUGACCAGAAAUUUGGUGGUCAUGCGUCGACUUUUGGGGCCAUCACACCUCUAGGUGGGACAACCACUUCUGAUAUUGACAUGAAGAAGAUUGGGCAGGCGAGAAACACACUCAUGGACAUCAAGCUUACUCAGGUGUCGGACUCGGUGAGUGGCCAGACGGUGAUGGAUCCCAAGGGCUACCUGACUGACCUCCAGUCCAUGUUACCUAGUCAUGGGGGUGACAUCAAUGAUGUAAAGAAAGCCAGGUUGCUGUUGAAAUCUGUGAGGGAAACAAAUCCAAAACAUCCCCCAGGUAAGUUACCUGUCCUGUUUACCCCUGCCCUACCCCUAGGCAAGUUACCUGUCCUGUUUUCCCCUGCCCUACCCCUAGGCAAGUUACCUGUCCUGAUUACCCCUGCCCUACCCCUAGGCAAGUUACCUGUCCUGUUUAUCCUCACCCUACUCCCAGUCAGUUUUAUGGUAAGUGAGGAUGCCUGGCUGGACACAGUCAGUUUUAUUGUAAGUGAGGACGCCUGGCUGGACACAGUCAGUUUUAUGGUAAGUGAGGACGUCUGGCUGGACACAGUCAGUUUUAUGGGAAGUGAGGACCCCUGGCUGGACACAGUCAGUUUUAUGCCGGGAGAUCAGGGGAAGGCUAUUGUGGCCCAAGCUGUAAGACAUUUACCAUCAUCUGUCAGACUAUGGAUAAAGGCAUCUGAUCUGGAGAAUGAAAUGAAACCAAAGAAACGUGUCUUCAGGAAAGCGCUUGAGCACAUCCCAAACUCAGUCAAACUGUGGAAGAUGGCCGUGGAGCUUGAGGAUGAAGUGGAUGCGCGGAUUAUGUUGAGUCGAGCUGUAGAGUGCUGUCCUACCAGUGUGGAGCUCUGGUUAGCACUG